AUGCGGCUCUUACUCGCCUUUCUUCUCUUGCCGCCGACGAAUUCCGCCGCCGACUUUGAGAAGUAUGGGAAACGCGUGACGUACGUGCUUCGCUUGUUGGCUUUUGAGUGAUCGAUCUCGAAAAAUAGUCAAUUCACUGCCAUUUUUAAGAUCGGUGUUGUAGUGUGGAGUAUACAAUUAACUCAAAACCCUUUUACUAGAUGAGAAAUAAAAGUAAAAACAUCCACUAAAAAAAAACAAAAAUUCAAUCGCCUGACGCGAUUGAGCAGGUGGAACUGUGAAAGUGACAUGCACAUCUUGAUAUGCGCGACAAAAAUGGUGUAGAUUUAUGGGGUUAAAUCCAGACACGAUAUAGCCCGUUCACGGCUGGCUUGGGACAGCGAACGGGCGGUUUAAUUUUCGCGGCGAAGGCAGAUCGUGGCGACUAUCCAUGCGUCUUCCAUAAAAGCCCCAUUUUAUGGUGGUAUGAAAAAAACACCAACGAUAAUUCAAACGGCGACUUUCCCGAUUUUUUCAUAUCGCUAGGGAACUUUCCGACGAAUCCCUUUCCGACUUUUUUCCCUUUUGUUUUCCGGUUUUUAAAACAUCUAUAAACAUUUUUUUCCUAUUUUUUUUAUGUUUUAAUCAUGAACCAACUACCUACUUUAUAUGGGAAAAAUUUAAAAACGAAGAUUUUAUCGAGAAAAAAAGUUGGAAAAAGAUUAGUCGGGAAGUUCCCUAGCGAUAUGAAAAAAAUUGGAAAAAGUCGCCGUUUGAAUUUUCGCUGGUGUUUUUCAUACCACCCAUUUUUUGACUUAUUUAUUUUUUUAUCUUAUUAUUCGUCGACUUAAGAAAAAUCUGAAAACUAAUGAAAUGAAUGUAAACAAAAAAAUAAAUUCAAUAGAAACAGAAAUAAAUCACCAAAUGAGGCUCUUAUUAAAGGCGCAUGUAUGACCACCAUGAUCUACCAUCACCGCGCAAGUUAAACCGCCCGUUCGCUGUCCCAAGCCAGCCGUGAACGGGCUAUAACAAUCAGAAUAUAUAAAAAUAAGAGGUAAAAAUAAAGAAUGGGCAGAAAAAAGUAACAGUACACGAAAAAGAGUCAACCCUAACGAGUUGACAGGCCGUCGGACAUAUGACACUUUUUAUAGUAGAUGAAAAGAAAUUGUUUUAUAAAAAAAGCUUGGAUCGGAUCAUUAUCCAGGUCUUAUCGAAGUGAUUCUGGUUUUUCUUUAGAGUUUUUCACGGAAAGAAAAAAAGUUUAGAAAACAAGAAAAAAAAAUUUCUAUUUGUAACUUUUGGGCACUUUUUGAAAUCACGAUGGUUUUUUAUUAAAUAAUCAUUUCAACAUUUUGAAAACGGGAUGGCUCCAAAGGUAAAAUACAAAUUUUGCUUCUUUUUUUCCAAAUUUUAACGCUUCCCUUUCGCUUUUUAGCUGCUUUCUUCAAUUUUUCAAUCUGCUUCUAAAAAAAUGAAGAAAAAAAUUUUUUUCAUCAACUGAAGAUAAUGCAGAUUGUCGACUAGCACGAUGACUUUCCAAGACUGGUACGACCAGAACCGAGAACACAGCCGCAAUAACGACACUACCGUUGGAGACUUCAACACGCAGUUGAAAAGGAGUCUGGGUUGGUUUUUGUGUUUUUUUUCUCGGCGGGUUAUCAUGUGAACCGUAUUCUUCCAAUCCCACGGAGUUUUUUUGACGAUGCUCUAUUUCAAGUUUUAGAAUUUUCCAAGAUUUUUUUGAAAGAUAAAAAGUAGCGUUUAUUGAUUUUUUUAAUCGUUUUUCACAGCGUUUUUUUAAACGAUACCCCCAUUUUUUUCCGUCAAGUGUAGUGUGUCGUGUGCAUGCACUGCGGCGCUCUCGCACAUGCCGUGUUCAAAGCAAUUUGUGCGAAAUUAAAAAAAAUUUCUUAAAUUCCGAAAUUCAGUAAUAUUUUUCACUCUCUGGCUGCUAUUUUGAACUUCGCGGAUUCACUUCGAACACGGCAACAGAAAAAUUGCGUAUUUUUUAAAUGAAAAAACGAUUCGUCUCAUGACCCAUUGAACAUGCGCCUUUAAUAUUCCCUGUUGUUUACGCGUGUUUCGCAUGACGUUACAUGGGAACGGCGGACGUUUUUUUUAUCCGAUCCUCUCCUGAUUAUCCAAAAAAAGAAUAUUUUCAACUUAAAAUUUGAAAUUUUGACUUUUUUUGACUUUUUACAAUAGGGUUCUUUCGUUCAAAAAUUUCAAUUUUUUUCUAACUUUCAAAAACAUGAUUUCAAUUUUCAGAACAGACAACCGAAUAUCAAAAUAAAACAUUCAUGCAGCAAUUGAUCGAUGAGAGGAAUAAAUACUUGGAAAAGCUGAAUGAAGGUUUUUUUUUUCGCUAAGAUGAAGUUUGUUAUUCUCUCAUUUUAAGGCCAUUAUAUCACGGACCAUCGAAGACUGGUUGACGAACUGCUCGAUCCGAACUUCUACGAGAAAACCGUCCAUCCGAAGGUUUUUUUUAGUGUUUUGAAAAAAAACUGUGAGUAACCAGAGCAUACGUCGGCUGGAUCCCACCCCCCCCGCCCCCCAAAAAAAGGGAGGCCUACCUCCUGAAACGGCGGCCUAUCCCCCAAAAAGUGGUGCCUCCCCCAAAAAAAGUGCGCCCCCUCAAAAGGACUGCCUACCCCUCAAACUGCGGCCUACCGCCCUCCCCCUCAAAAAAAUUGCGGCCUACUACCCCCCUAAAAGGGGGACCUAA